AAAAAAAAAAAUUUAAAAAACCAAAAUAUAAUUACAACAAAACCCACUAACACAGUCACAUUCCAUUUUCUCAUCAACCUCACCAGUCACCACCUUCCUUCAUCUCAUUUCCCACCCUUCCAUGGCCGCAACGGCUACAUUUUUGUUCUUCAUUUUCUUCUUCUUGACAAGCUUAACUUGGGCACAGCAAAGAGCCAAUGGUAGUAGCAAUCCACACAUAUUGUCCGAAAUCCAAGCUUUAACGUCCUUCAAGCUCACCAUCCACGACCCACUCGGACACCUGGACGGCUGGGAUGCGUCCACGCCGAGGGCUCCCUGCGACUGGACCGGCGUCGUCUGCCACCAGAACCGAGUCCGCGAGAUCCGCUUGCCUCGUCUCCAACUCGGCGGCCGACUCAGCCCCCGACUCGCUGAGUUACGCGAGCUCCGGAAGCUGAGCCUCCACUCCAACAACCUCAACGGCUCCAUCCCUCCUUCUCUCUCCCGAUGCGCCCUCCUCCGCGCCGUCUAUCUCCACAACAACUCCCUCUCCGGUGGCCUCCCGCCGUCUCUCCUCAACCUCAACAACCUCCAGGUCCUCAACGUCGCCCGCAACUUCCUCUCCGGCAAAAUCGCCGCCGUCAUCUCCCCCGCUCUUCGAUACCUCGACGUUUCUUCCAACGCCUUCUCCGGCGAGAUGCCGGCCAACUUCUCCUUCUCCUCUCAGCUCCAGCUCAUCAGCUUCUCCUUCAACCGCUUCUCCGGCGAGGUCCCGGCGGCGAUUGGAGCACUUCAACAGCUCGAAUAUCUAUUUCUAGACUCCAACCGGUUGUACGGAACUCUUCCGUCGGCGAUCGCCAACUGUUCCUCUCUCGUCUACUUGAGCGCCGGGGACAACUCGCUCCGAGGUCUUAUUCCGGCGACCGUCGGAGCGAUUCCGAAGCUUCAAGUCCUCUCCUUGUCGAGGAACAACUUUUCCGGUUCGGUUCCGGUGAGUCUGCUCUGUAAUCCUUCACUGAGGAUUGUGGAUAUUGGAUUUAAUGCGCUCACGGGGAUGGUCAAGCCGCCAAAUGGAAAAAGAGCAAGUUCUUCUUCAAGUGGUUUGGAAUGUUUGGACCUUAAACAGAAUCACAUACAAGGCUUGUUCCCAUCUUGGUUGACUAGUUUGACGACUUUAAGAGCUUUGGAUCUUUCUGGAAACUUCUUCACCGGUCCAAUGCGGGUUCAGAUUGGGAAUCUUUUAAGGUUAGAAGAGCUGCGGUUAGCGAAUAAUUCGCUGUCCGGUCAAGUUCUUGAUGAGGUUUCUCAAUGUGGAUCGUUAAAGGUUCUUGACCUUGAAGGUAACCAGUUUUCCGGUCAGAUUCCGUCACAGUUAGGAGGGCUUAAGAGCUUAAAGGAGUUGUCUUUAGGCCGUAACUUUUUCUCCGGUUCGAUUCCGACGAGUCUCGGAGCAAUCUCGGGGCUUGAAACGUUGAACCUGGGAAGUAAUAAUCUUGGUGGAAGAGUUCCUGAGAAGCUCAUGAAGUUGAGUAAUUUGACUACGUUGGACCUCAGUAACAACAAGUUGUCUGGAGAGGUUUUGAGGGACAUUGGGGAGUUGAAGAACUUGCGGGUUUUAAACUUGAGUAAUUGCGGGUUUUCAGGGAGAUUUCCCACAAGUAUCGGGAACUUGAUGAAGCUUUCUACUCUGGAUUUGAGCAAGCAAAGUCUUUCUGGGCAGUUGCCAGUAGAGAUAUUUGGUUUGCCAAGUCUACAAGUGGUUGCUCUCCAAGAGAAUCGUCUAUCUGGCGAUGUCCCUGAAGGUUUUAGCAGCUUGGUUGGUCUACAAUAUUUGAACCUCUCUUCCAAUGUCUUUACUGGUGAUAUUCCUACGACAUAUGGAUUUCUUCGGUCGUUAAAUGUUCUGUCAUUGUCAAGCAAUAGAAUUUCUGGUGUGAUCCCAGUUGAGAUUGGCAACUGUUCGGAGCUUCGAGAACUUGGGCUUCGUUCAAAUCGGCUUGUGGGCAAUAUUCCUGGCGAUAUCUCUGGCCUUUCUCGUUUAAAAAAGCUUGAUUUGGGUGAAAAUAAAUUGACUGGUGAAAUCCCAGAGGAGAUCUCCAAGUGCUCUUCUUUGAGUUCUUUGUCGUUGGAUGUGAAUCAACUUUCAGGACACAUACCAAACUCACUGCCAAGACUGUCAAACCUCAUGGAGCUGAACUUGUCGUCUAACAGAUUGAGUGGAGUCAUACCAUUGAAUAUUUCUUUUAUUUCUAGUCUGAAGUACUUGAAUUUGUCUCGUAACGAUCUCGAAGGCGAGAUUCCUAAACCGCUAGGUUCUCGAUUCAGUGAUCCUUCUGUGUUCGCAAUGAACCUGAAAUUAUGCGGGAAACCUCUGCAUAGAGAAUGUGCAAGCAUGAAGAGAAGGAAAAGGAGGAAGCUGAUUCUGUUCAUUGGCGUCUCGGUGGCUGGGGCUUGCCUUUUGGCAUUGUGCUGUUGUGGCUAUAUCUUCAGCCUUUUGCGAUGGCAUAAAAGGAUUAAAGAAGGUGUCGCCGGUGGGAAAAAGCGGAGCCCUGCCAGAGCAAGCACAGGAGUGGAUAGAAGUCGUGGGAGUGGGGAAAAUGGAGAACUAGUCAUGUUCAACAACAAAAUCACAUUGGCAGAGACAUUGGAAGCAACCAGAAAUUUUGAUGAGGAAAAUGUCUUGAGCAGGGGAAAAUAUGGAUUAGUAUUCAAGGCCUCCUUCCAGGAUGGAAUGGUGCUCUCAAUCCACCGCUUAGCGGACGGUUUCCUUGAUGAGGGAGGUUUCCGAAAAGAGGCUGAAUCCCUUUGCAAGGUCAAGCACCGAAACCUCACCAUUCUCCGGGGCUAUUAUGCCGGUCCACCGGACGUAAGGCUUCUCGUUUAUGACUACAUGCCUAAUGGAAACCUUGCCACCCUUCUCCAAGAAGCGUCUCACCAAGAUGGGCAUGUACUAAACUGGCCAAUGCGUCACUUAAUUGCGCUCGGCAUUGCUCGCGGGCUGGCAUUCCUUCACUCGCUCUCAAUAGUACACGGUGAUAUCAAGCCACAAAAUGUCCUCUUUGACGCCGAUUUUGAAGCUCAUUUGUCCGAAUUUGGACUUGACCGGUUAACCAUUUCGACCCCAACCGAGGGGGCUUCAUCAUCCUCCACCCCAGUUGGCUCAUUAGGCUACGUAUCACCCGAAGCGGCAUUGACGGGGCAAGCAACGAAAGAAGCAGAUGUGUACAGCUUUGGGAUUGUCGUGUUGGAGAUAUUGACAGGAAGGAAACCAGUGGUGUUCACACAAGAUGAGGACAUUGUGAAAUGGGUGAAGAGGCAAUUGCAAAGAGGCCAAAUUGCAGAAUUGCUCGAGCCGGGUUUGCUCGAAAUAGACCCGGAGUCAUCGGAGUGGGAAGAGUUCUUGUUGGGAGUGAAAGUGGGGCUUCUUUGCACAGCCCCUGAUCCACUUGAUCGACCAUCAAUGGCUGACAUUGUGUUCAUGCUUGAAGGCUGCCGUGUAGGACCGGACAUCCCAUCGUCGGCCGAUCCAACUUCACUGCCUUCCCCGGCUUGAAAUUUUGUAUUAAAAAAAAAGAACUAAGAACAGAAUUACUUCUCAAAAGGAGUCAU